GGAAGCCGAGCAGCGGCCGCCUGCCUGCCUGCAGAGGUUGGUAGCUUGGGCGGGCGCAGGUGUGCCGACACGCCGCUGAACCUCUUCUCUCCAGGCAUCUUGGCAGGCAGCUCCUCGGCAGCAACAUCUGGAAGAGGCAGGCGGAGGGGAGAGAGAAACCCAACCCAAAGCCAAAACACCCCCCUCUCCCCUUUAAAAAAAGCAGCCUGCCAGGUAGAGAACUAUGACGGCCUUGCAGCUGAAAGAGUUGUCACAGUCAGGUCUGUACAGGAGGAGACGGGAUCGCCCUGAUAGCGUGGGACUGCCUGGGUCACAUGAAGAGAAGCUGAGCAACAUGGCGAAUGCCCUUGCAAAUGCCAUCUGUGAGCGCUGCAGGGGUGGCUUUGCCCCUGCUGAGAAAAUUGUCAAUAGCAAUGGGGAGCUGUACCAUGAGCAGUGCUUCGUCUGUGCCCAGUGCUUUCAACAGUUUCCCGAAGGGCUCUUCUACGAGUUUGAAGGGAGAAAGUACUGUGAACAUGACUUUCAAAUGCUUUUUGCCCCUUGCUGCCAUCAAUGUGGUGAGUUCAUUAUUGGUCGUGUUAUUAAAGCUAUGAACAACAGCUGGCAUCCAGAGUGCUUCUGCUGUGAUAUCUGCCAACAAGUAUUGGCUGAUAUUGGAUUUGUCAAGAAUGCUGGCAGACAUCUCUGCCGUCCUUGCCAUAACAGGGAAAAAGCCAGAGGCCUGGGGAAGUACAUUUGCCAGAAGUGUCAUGCUAUUAUUGAUGAACAGCCUCUCAUUUUCAAAAAUGAUCCUUACCACCCUGAUCAUUUCAACUGUGCAAACUGCGGGAAGGAACUUACGGCUGAUGCUCGUGAGUUGAAGGGAGAGCUCUAUUGCUUACCCUGCCACGACAAAAUGGGUGUCCCCAUCUGUGGGGCGUGCAGAAGACCAAUUGAAGGCCGUGUGGUGAAUGCUAUGGGCAAACAGUGGCACGUAGAGCAUUUUGUCUGUGCCAAAUGUGAAAAGCCAUUCCUGGGUCAUCGUCAUUAUGAGAGAAAAGGCUUGGCAUAUUGUGAAACCCACUACAAUCAGCUAUUUGGUGAUGUUUGUUUCCAUUGCAACCGUGUGAUUGAAGGAGAUGUUGUAUCUGCUCUGAAUAAGGCCUGGUGUGUGAACUGCUUCGCUUGUUCGACUUGCAACACUAAGUUAACACUCAAGAAUAAAUUUGUUGAGUUUGAUAUGAAGCCUGUCUGCAAAAAGUGUUACGAGAAGUUUCCUCUAGAGCUGAAGAAAAGACUGAAGAAACUAGCUGAAACUUUGGGAAGGAAGUAAAGACUUCAUCUGCUUUCCCCUUCCCUUGUGAAAAUCUUGUAUCUGUUACUUGGGAGGGGGCAAGGGGUGCUGCUUUGAGGCAACAAUCAGGCAACAAAUGAUGAUGCACAUCUUCUAUCAGAUCAAAAUAACUUAAGAUUCUCUUUUCUUUAUACAUGUAUGCUUAUUUGUUGACAAACAGACCGUAUUUCCCAACUAAAUUAAAUACCAUCUCAGCUGAAAGGUUUCUGACCCUGAUAAAGCAGGUGUGAACCGACGCAGGGGCCCCAUUCUGCACAGUAACCCCUGCAGAAAUUUACAGAGGGACAAAAUUUGCUUGUGAAUGCCUGAGAAAACAAAUUGUCCAAGUGUGUCCAACUUUAGGGACAUGUAUUGUCAUUUAUGCUAAUUCAUAUUCAGCAUGCACAUAAAACUUCCCCAGGUGAAGUGACUUGGGCAAGAAACCAACAUACUUGGCCUCGUGGAAAAAUUCCCACUUGGAUUUCAGGCCAAGUCGUCUCAUUCAGAAGCCUGGUUUCAGAUGGUUUGAAAAGUACUGGGUUUCUAAAUACAGUCACUGUACAAAUUACCUACUUCUGUAGCCUAUACUUACAUGAUGGAUGUUUGUACACUGUUAGCAUGAAAUAAUCUAUAUGAAAUAUAUAUUCCUAUUGCUAGAAAUGAGCAUACUCAGAACUACUUGAAUUUUGCUAUAUUCCACUCAAAAUAACGCAUUAACUUUUUAUAUAUGCUUUUGCAUUCUAGUUACUUUCUGUGCCUUAUUCUGCUGGACCAUACAUAACAGUGUUCCAUUAAAUAUAUAUAUAUAGUUUUAUUUUUUAUUUCAUAUUUUUAUGCAGAAACUAUAUGCAAGGUAUUUUCAAAAGAUAACAUCCUUUGCCUUAAUUAUACAGGAUGCAGGAAGUAUUUUAUUUCAAAUGUGAACACCUGAGCUUAAAAUUGAGCUUCCAGACUUCAAUAAUUUUCAGAACAAUACUGAAAAUAUGUAUUUCAAUUAACUGGCAGUAUAUUACUUUUACACCUGUGAGUGUAAAUGUACAAGGUUUGAUCCUGCUAGGAUCUAUUUCUUUAGCCAUCCUCAAGAACUGAGCUCACAAAUGACCAGAAUUCCUUGUAACACACAUUUCUUUGUUUUAUACUAUUGACUUCUGUCCAUCCAAAUCUAUUUUAUUUUGCCCUUUCUGAUAGAAAAUGCAGUUACUUAGGACUUCUCAACGGUACUACAGUAUGAAGUAUGCAAACUGGGUUUUUUUUAAUAUUAGUGUCUUAGACAUGUUUUAUGUAAUUACAUCAUAGGAAUGAAAAUUUUCUUUUCUGUUAUGAAAAAUUAAUUGCUUUAAAACAUCUGCUUUCCAGUGUCAUCAAUAAAGGCUAUGUUAUUAAA